UACUAGCCGUUACUAGCCGUUGGCCGAAAGAUAGUAUACCACGGCUGGUCAUAGACAGUACACGUUUUUAUUUUCUAAGAUCUGCGUCGUGCUUUAACUUAUUUUUUGGAAAUUUACAAGUGACUUUGUUUUAAAAUUUGGUGUCUGACGCAUUUACCAAAAGACUGCUUCGAAAAGCUUAAUAAUUUCGCCAAAAUCCAAUGUGAAAAUAGAUGAAAUCGGCCCGCCCACUCCCCAUAUAUUGGUAAUGUUAAACACAAUCGCGAUAAAUCAAUAACUAAAUACGCAAGAGGCAUUACAUUUUACACCCGAUAUGGUAUAAGAAAGCUUUAUACGAGCCGGUGAAAAAAUUUAACGAUGGGCGUGGCAUCACCGACUAUUAGCGAACAACCUCUGAAACUAUCAUCAAGAUUAGUUCAGCCGUUCUCGAGCAUUAGCGUUACUAUCAAACAAACAUUCAUUCAAUUAUAUGGGGAAAAAGAAAAGGGCUGUUUUUAGGAGUUCUCCGGCAAUUAUUCGCUUUUUUCUGGCCAUAAAAACCAUCUUUGAACCACAACGAAUAAAAAAAAUUGGACAAAUUGGUCAUUUUUAUAUAUAUGAUAAUUGUAUACUACAAAUUUAAAAGCUGAUAUAAUAUAAUGGCCUUAAUCAAUAAUAGUAGUAUGAAUGAAUCUGAUGAAGAACGUGACCUUACCAGCUUAUCUUGGUUAAUGGAGUUACGAAAUCAAAAUUUUAGCUGGACAAAUGACAUGCAAGAGAUAAAUUUAAAUGGCGAUGAAAUGAGUAAUCGACACAACAUAAAAUGGUCUCACGAAGCUAGUGGAGGACAAAAAGAUGCGUAUGAUAAAAUAAGUAUGUUGAAAAAUAAAGACAAUUCCAACGACAAAACCAAUUAUGUUUCCAAUAAUGAUCAUAUUGUGCCAGAAAAAAGCAAUGGAACACUGUUUAAUGAAUUUGAUAAACAACAAAAAGAACAUAGUUCAAGCAGCGAUAUUGAUAAAAAUAUAACUAAACGAAAUUGUAUUGGUAAAUCCAUUGAAAAAACAUGUAGAAAAUCGUUUAAAGGAAUGUACUUUCAACAGCAGCAAUUAAAAGUGCAAAUAAAACGAGCUACCCCAAUCGAGCGCUAUGAAAUAUUUAUGGAAAAAGUUAAAAGAGUAUUUGUAGAAUAUCAGAAAUCGGCAAUUAACUAUCAAACGGACACAACAGAAAAGCCGCCAUUUAAUUACUCUCAUAUAAUCGGUAUGGCAAUGUUGGAAAAUGGACGAGUGACAUUGCAGCAAAUAUGUUCUUGGAUAGAAACAAAAUUUGCUUAUUUUCGGGUUAGAAAAAAAUGGAAUAAUUCCAUAAGGCAUAAUUUAUCGCUACAUCAUUGUUUUCGUAAAGUAGACCGUACAAAAUUUGAGAAAGGUAAAGGUGGUUAUUGGGAACUGGGUGUUGAUCCUCGUAAAUGCGACAGGAAGCGUAUAAGGAACAGAAAAAAUGCACAGCAUAAAAUUAGACAAAUGCAUCAUCAAUAUCAACAUCAACCGCAAAAAUUGCAAAAACAUUCGUUAAGCAAAAAUAAAAAUAAAAUUACACAGGAAACAAAACCUAUGGUUGUGCUUAAUCGACAAAGCCCGAUAAACAUAUCAUAUAAAGAAUUACAAAAACUACAAACUGGAAGCUAUUAUAGUGAUUGUGCUCAACAACAAGUUAACGAAAUACACACAGUUUGUCCAGGCAAUUCUAGCAGCGCUCUUAAGGCCGAUCACGCCACCGGUAGGCAUUUGUUGCUUGACGAGCUCGACAUUCAACAAAACAUCGAUGUUGUCAGCUGUUGCCAACAGUCACAACAGGAGCAUAAAAUAUUUAUUACAAGUACGGCGGAAGAAUUCCCGGCAACAAUUAAUAAUGAUAAUAGUCCCAAAACUAUUGAAUUACUACAGAAUAGUAAGCUACAACAAUAUCAGCUCGGUACAAUUAUAAUUAGUGCACCCACCGCAAAAUACGGUAACAUUUCCGAUUUCGCUGCUUCAACGGGAUCUAUUAACUGUAUCAUUAAUGGCGACUAUAUUGAUGACAAAGCACAUACAUUACAGCAGAAUUUCAUCUGCAUAAAAGGCGACGAUAUACAAACCACAUGCGAGAAUGUAACCUCAUAUGCGGAUAAAGAUGUAUUAUCUGAAAAAUCUUCAAAACCUAAAUCGAAUUGUAAGUGGAAUGCAGACAAUCCUCACACCAAUACAACAGCUACAUUUACACCAUUUAUUCCAUAUUCUGCAUCUACGAGCAAAUAUGUUCCAUCAGUCUUUAUUAACAGCGUCGAGCAAGAAAAUCACGUUUUAAUUUCCCACUCAAUAAUGCCAAACGUUGUCGUUGAGCAACUGUUGCAGCCCUCUGGAUUACAAUACGCACUUACUCCCUCUAUGGCUACAACAGAAGCGACUAUAGUAACGCCACAAGUUACUACUAAUGGGAUGAACAAUAUAAAUUCAGAGCAAAAUAAUCAACAAUUACUAGCGAUUGACAGUAUACGUCCAUACAUUGACGGCAUAGAAGAGGCAUUUCAAUAUCUACGCAGCAUGGAUAACAAUCGGGAAGAUCUGUUAGAUAAUUUCUUAGAUAUCUCUGUGAGUGACUACUAAACUCAAUUACUCGAUUAAAAUUUCAUAGAUUCGAUUAAAUAUUCAUAGAUAAUUAUUUCCAAAUAACUACAUAAGUUGGUAACUAUGGAUACCAAUGUUAAUACAAUUGCUUUAUAAUUGACUCCAAAAUAAUAAAACCACAAAUAAAUAUCUACAUAUAAUAUAAUGUUAUUGACGUAUAAUCAGAA